CUCGAGAAAACGAAACAUCGUUCCGGAAGGAGGCCAUCCGCUCCCUCGCCGCGCUGCUUCUUCCUCCCAAUUCUCCGAAACCAUGAAGGUUCCCAUGGGUCCUCCCCCUUCUCAAAACCCUAAUCCUAGCCCUGAGCCCCCGAUUGCCGAUCAAACCCUUGGCGAGGACGCGCAGACCAGCGCCCAGGAUGGAGCUCGCGCGGAGGAGACCAGUGCGCCGGCCGCGGACUCAGUCCAGGAGGAACCCGAAAAACCUAGCAGUAGCCCGGAUCCUAACCCUAAAUCUGAUUCCUCGGGAUCCCAACGUGGGAAAUUGGCGGUUCCUUACUCGAUUCCUCCGUGGAGCGAGCGCCCCGGCUACCCUUUCUUCCUCGAGGUCCUCAAGAAUGGCACCGUCAUCGAACAAUUGGACGUGUCUUCUAAAGGGGCCUACAUGUUUGGACGUAUAGAUCUAUGUGAUUUUGUGCUGGAACAUUCAAGUAUUUCUCGAUUCCAUGCAGUUCUGCAGUUCAAAAAAGAUGGUGAAGCUUUUCUUUAUGAUCUUGGUAGCACGCAUGGCACCUUCAUCAACAAAAUGCAGGUAAAGAAGAAGGUGUAUACAGAAGUCCAUGUUGGUGAUGUAAUUCGAUUUGGCCUCUCCAUGCGUUUAUAUGUUUUUCAAGGACCAUCUGAAUUAAUGCCACCGGAGGGUGAUUUGGAGAAAAUACGGAGUGCUAAGAUUCGAGAAGAGUUGCUUGAUCGUGAAGCUUCGCUUUUACGUGCAAGGGUUGAAGCUUCUCUUGCAGAUGGUAUCUCAUGGGGAAUGGCUGAGGAUGCACCUGAAGAAGCUCCAGAGAAUGGUUCAGAUGAAGUAACAUGGCAAACAUACAAAGGGCAGCUUACUGAGAGGCAAGAGAAGACUCGUGGAAAAAUCAUAAAAAGAAUGGAAAAGGUUGCAAAUAUGAGGAAAGAGAUAGAUGCUAUUCGUGCAAAAGACAUUGCUCAGGGAGGCCUAACUCAAGGUCAACAAACACAGAUUGCUCGAAAUGAACAGAGAAUGUCACAGAUUAUGGAGGAGUUAGAGAGCCUGGAAGAGACUUUGAAUGAGAGCAUUCAAGAAAGUAUUGGUGCACGUGCUAAAAAGGUAGUCCAUGGCAGGAAGAAAGGAAAUGCUGAGGAUGAAGAUGACAUGUUGAGUGAUGAUGAUGAUGAUGAGUUCUAUGACCGGACAAAGAAGAAGCCUUCCACCCGCAAAUCUGGUGAAGAGAAGUCAGUUGAAACAGCCGAUACUCUUCUCAACAAAAAGGACACCAUUAUUAAUGAAAGGGAGAAGAUGAAAGAGUUGCUCAUAAAAGAGAGAGAGAAACUUGAACCAAACAAUGAGAACACUACAGAAGGCGCAGAUGACCUUGACGCAUACAUGAGUGGGUUGUCAUCUCAACUAGUGCGUGACAAAGUCAUACAAAUGGAGAAGGAACUGUCUGAUCUUCAAACCGAGUUGGACAAGAUAAUGUAUUUGCUGAGAAUUGCUGAUCCAAUGGGAGAAGCUGCUCGGAAAAGAGAUGUGAAAGCACAAGCAUCCAAGUCCAGAUCCAGUACUAACAUCCUGAAACAGCCUUCAUCUGUGCAAAAGCAGGUCACCACGCCUAAAAAGCUUUCCACAAGUUCACAACCUGAGGAAACUUCCCAUUCGACACAAGCAGUGCGGCAUACUGAAGAAGGUAAAGAUGCUUGCAAAGAGAAAAGUAAUGGAGCACCUGCAUUUGCUUCCAUGAAACCUCAGUGGCUUGGUGCAAAAAGGGACAUGGAACCAGAGGAGAACAAAAUAGUAGAAGCUCGUUUAGAUGAGUCAGACAAUUUUAUCGAUUACAAAGAUAGGAAAAAGGCUCUUGCCUCAGUUGAUGAUGGUCAGGAGAUUGAACGUGCAGCUCCUGGUCUUAUCAUAAGGAAACGUAAGCCCACUGAUGAGCCUGGAGUCACCAUUGAUAAAGCUCCUAAAGUGGAUGGAUUGCCUUCAUCUGAGCCUGACAUGUCCGCUGCUGAUGCUGUGGCUCUGCUGCUGAAGCACAAACGGGGGUGCUUUGCUAUGGAUGAUGGACUGGAGCAAAACAGACAAUUGCAGAGUGAAGGCCAAGCAGGGAAGGAGAUGUCGCAGUCUAAACGUGUGCUUGGACCUUCAAGACCUGCUUUUCUUGAUAGUAGCCCAGAUUAUGAAUCAUGGAUGCCUCCAGAAGGACAAACUGGUGAUGGACGCACCUCAUUGAAUGACCGCUUGGGUUAUUGAUGCAUGGUAUUUCAAUGCAAUGAAAAUCUUUGAAAUGUUUCCUGUUUAUGUUGGAAGUGUUAUUGAAGGAUCGAGCAUCCUGAUUAAAGCAGUUUUGGAUAGUGGAUCAGCCUUUGGAUGAUGCCAUGAAAGUGAGCUUAACUGCAAAUAUGAUCGUGAAAGAUCUGACCCACUGAUGCUAUCAUGUGUAAUAUAGUGAUGCAAACUCCCCAUACCCUAUGGUUUGGGUCAAUGCCUCAUUAAAUUUGGCAUUAAUCUAUUUGGUGGAUGGAUGACUCAAUCUCUGUCUGAUUUUGGCUCAAAGAUUAUGUACUUGCAGCAAGUACAAAAUCAACGGUCUGUGAUAGUGUACAUGAACCUGUAAAUUGUAAUUAGAGUGAUGUCAACUCAAGCAGGGCAGGCCCUAAUUGGUGGUGUUUUUUUUUAUCUCUUUUGGGUUUGUGUUCUUAGAAUGCGGACCCUGAUUUACUUUAGGUUUGAAUAUCCUAUUUCUUUCCAUUUUAUUUGAAUAUGGAUAAGAAUAUUAUUUGAGUGCUAAUUUUUAUAUUCUGUUUUUGUUUGAUCA